CGUUGUACCUACAUAACCUUGUGCUUGCGCCAAGCUUCCGUCAUGUAAAGUAUCGCCCUCUUUUCGAGGGCUUUAGGCAGCCAAAAAUCCUUGGAAUGCUGGGGGAUAAUUAUGCACAAAUGAAAAUGACAACGGAGCUAGAUCUUACAAAUUACCAUCUUCCGGACUUGACUAGUGUGGACAUUGAGUCGUCGCUCACGGCAAUUGACCUGACUGCUAACCGUCUUCGGACCAUCGAUCCGCGCAUACUCCAGCUCCAAGGGCUGCGUAGCAUCAACUUUCGCCAGAACCUUCUUGCGAACGUAUCGGCUUGGAGCACUGGCGAAUGCAAGGGCGCGCUUGAAGACCUCGAGUUUAGAGACAACCAUUUAUCGACGAUACCAUGCUUGCAAGGCUUCUUGCAAUUACGGAGGCUGGACUGUUCCUACAACCAGAUCCGCAACCUGCUCCCCCUGGCGGACCUGAACUCGAGUAAGCUGGAAGAGCUGUACGUCGCCAACAACAAGGUGACCGCUAUCGCGGCGCUAUCUCACUUGACGUCGCUGACGCUGCUGGAGCUGGGCUCCAACCGCAUCCGCGUCAUAGAGGGCAUCGCAAGCCUGACGGGGCUGCAGGAGCUAUGGCUGGGUCGCAACCGCAUUACGAACGUUGACGGGUUGACCACUCUGGUGAACCUGCGCAGGAUAUCGUUGCAAAGCAACCGCUUGACGUCCAUGCUGGGUCUGGAGGCGUGCACGGCCCUAGAGGAGCUGUACCUAAGCCACAAUGGCAUCGCCACUCUGGAGGGUCUGGGCCCCCUGACACGGCUUAAGAUCCUGGACGUGUCAUCCAACCGGCUGACUGCGGUGGACCCCAGCGCCCUGGCCACGCUCACACAGCUGGAGGACCUCUGGCUCAAUGACAACCGCAUUCCGGCCAUCGACGCGGCACUGGACCGGGUGUUAGACCCCGUGCGGCACAGCCUCACGUGUAUCUACCUGGAGGGAAAUCCGGCGGCAAGCGACCCCCAGUACAAGCGUAAACUCGUGAACAUGCUGCCCAAGCUGAAGCAGCUGGACGCCAACUUCUUGAGAGCUGCGGCGGAAUCACAGCAACCCCAAUGGCUUUGGUUUGGCGUGCAGCCGUGUCCGACUGGAUGCCGUGUGUCCGUCGCGGCUUUCCUGGUAUGGGUCCAUGAUGUGGUCUAAACGAAGCUUCUGCAAGCGCAUGCACGCAUGCCCCGUUGACUGGGUUACCUAGGCUGGUUCGAAGACCGAGGUUUCGUGAUUGCCUCGAAGUGUGGUCUUUCCUAAGUCCUCCGGCCUCAUGCAUGCCUGCAAACGAUACCGAACGCGGCUGGAGAAGGGGCGAAAAAAGGACCAUGUGGGGGUUGGGGCCAUCCACAAUGGACAUCCUGGAGGACCCUUCCUGUUCAUGAAGCCAGUGAUGGCAGUGCAGUGCAAGUAGGAAAGGUGCAAGGAUAUGUGUAGAUGUUAGAAUGUGAAAGGGGUGCAGGCGACAUGCUAACGUUGCUGCGUCCGUGUCGUCCAAGCAGGUCCAUGCAUGCUGCAUGGAGGCAUGCCGGAAUGAUUUGCAGACCGUGCGCGACAUGUGCAUGAUCAGCAGGGUUCUCAGCUAUGGAUGCAACGCAGUAAGAACAGCGAAUAAUAAAAGGCGCUUGUACAGUUUGGCGAGGCGAGUUUAGCAGAUAGGCAUCAAGGGCUGCAUUGAAACCGCUCUUAACGCGUAUUGUAUUACAGAUUUCUC